UGGGGAGUUCGGUGAUGUCCACAGUCCUGCGCUCUGCGUCCUGGCAACCUGUAUGAUUCAAGGAUUUUGCAAAGACUUGAAUAGGUCUGCUGUUAUAUUUCUACUUAAAAAUACAAAAUAUAAUUUUCGAUUCGCUAUGUCGCAUGUUGGAGUGGAUAAAAAGGGCAAUGAUCUAAACUUGAUGUUAAUGGUGACGUCAUGUGCCAUUGGAGGCACUCUUCAGUAUGGCUACAACCUUGCCAUAAUGAACGCACCCACCAUAUUCAUUCAGAACUUUGUUAACGAGACAUUUCGGGAGCGCUGGGACGUGCAGCUGAAGAACUACCAGGUCACUCUGGUCUGGACUUGCAUUGUGUCCAUCUACUCCCUGGGAGGGCUGGCCGGAGCUCUUAUAGCUGGACCCAUGAGCAUAACCUUUGGAAGGAAGAAGACUAUGCUGUUGAAUAAUAUCUUCUUGAUGCUGAGUUCACUCCUAGCGUUGACCAGCAGAGCUGCCAAGUCUUUUGAGAUGAUCAUCAUCUCCAGGGUCCUGGUUGGAAUCAAUGCUGGGAUCAGUAUGAAUGUGCAACCCAUGUAUUUUGGUGAGAGUGCUCCCAAGCACCUGCGAGGGGCUGCUUCCUUGUCGUCAGCCAUCUUCACAGCGUUUGGAGUGGUGUUAGGACAGGUCGUGGGCCUCAGGGAGAUCUUGGGCAGUGAGCCCUGUUGGCAAUACCUACUGGCCAGUAAUGCCAUCCCAGGCCUCAUCCAGCUCCUCACUCUCCCCUGGUUCCCAGAAAGCCCUCGAUACCUCCUCAUAGACCGGGGGGACAAGGAAGCCUGUAUCAAUGCUCUGAGGCGUCUGCGUGGCUGUGAGGUCCAGAGAUCAGAGCUGGAUGAGAUCCUCCAGGAGCAGGCUGAGGCUAAAGGCCUGAGGCCCAGCAGACCCUGGGAGCUGUUCGCUGACCGUAAUGUGCGCUGGCAGGUGAUCUCUAUCAUCACUCUCAGCAGCGCCAUGCAACUCUGUGGCAACGACUCCAUCUACUUCUAUGCAUACUAUGUGUUUAAAGAGUCCGGGAUCUCUCCGGAUAUGAUCCAGUAUAUCACCAUAUGCACGGGUACAUGUGAAUUCACAGCCUGUAUAAUAUGUAACCUGCUGAUUGAGCGACAGGGCAGGAAGAUUCUUUUGAUGGGAGGCUACGUUUUAAUGACGGUCUGGGCCAUUGUCUUCACUAUAGCUCUGUGUUUUGAGCACAAGGUGGAGUGGAUGCCCUACUUGAGUAUGGCCUGUAUCUUCACCUAUAUACUCAGCUUUGGCAUGGGCCCAGCUGGAGUGACAGGGGUCCUCCCUACAGAGAUCUUUAGCCAGACUGCCCGUCCAGCAGCCUACAUGAUAGCUGGCUCAAUGAUGUGGAUCAACCUUUUCAUUAUGGGGAUGAUCUUUCCGUUCCUGGUGAGUGAGCUGGGUGAGUUCUGCUUCGUCCCAUUUGCUGCUGUCUGUUUCCUGUCUGCUCUGUUCGUGGGCCUGGUUCUGCCUGAGACCAAAGGGAAGACCCUCUCAGCCAUCGCCAACGAGUUCCACAAGCUCAACUACAGGGGCCAGGACAAGCAGGGUCUACCUGCCCCACAGGCACAGUAUCAGCUGGGAGAGGUCUGCCACUCCACUGCCCUGUAGGCCUGCUCUCCUACCUAUGACCUACGACUUCUACCAUUGACCACAGUACUAUUUAUGGUUAAUGAAUUAACCUUAAUUAACCGGGAGAUCCAAUUGAGGUCAGAAUACCUUUUUCCCACAGGAAACCAGGUUUUCCGUCGUCUUGGGUUUGGAAAAAGCAUGCAAAGAUGGUGUAUUCCAUCAGUGUAUAUGGGUGAAUCCCAUAUACACUGAUCAGUGAAGUUAUGUUUUUAUUUUAUUUUAUUUUUUUAGGACCAAUAUUUACAAAUCCCUGUGAGCCUGUUCAUGCCGUAUCAAUCACAUAUUGCCUUGUGAUGAAAAUGAAGAAAGUCUAUUCAAAUCAAAUUUGGAUGAUUUAUUUAUUUUUGCUGUCCAAGUCAAAUGCAAAGUUCAACUGCUGUUACAUGUGUCAUAGGGUUAUCAUACAGAUAUGGUGGAUGAUAUUGUAAUAAGGUAAAGCCAAAGAUAUCUAAGCUACUGUAUGUGGUGAGAGUAUUAUACUGUCUUUAUAGAUCAUUUCAUUUCAAAUGAUAUUAUCAAAUAA